AUGUCCGACUGGGAUGCCAGCAGCAGCGACGACGAUGCCGCUGCGCCGGCCUGGCCGCCGCCUGUGCCCCUCGCCGCCGGGCGUCCGCGCCAGCCGCCGGCGACCUCUUCGCAGAGCCAGGCCUCUGCAAAGAGCGGCAGGGAAGGACGCAGCGCCGAGCGGUGGUGGGACGAGGCGGCCCGGGAGCCUCCAGGCGCUAACGGCUCCGGCGGCCCGGGGCGGGCGGUGCGGCAGCCGUCACCCCCAGCUGCCGCCGGCCGAGCGCAGGGCGCCGCCGUGCCGCUCUGCUUCCGCCUCGAUAACACCUUGGUCGGGGCUCUCAUAGGUCGGGGUGGAGCUAAGAUAAGAGAACUGGAAGAAUCUACAGGUUCUAGAAUAAAGGUUACAAAAGGAGCCUGGGAAGCUGAGGUGAAGAUUUUUGGCAGCACUGCUGUGCAAAACAAAGCCAAGAUGUUGAUUGAUGAUGCUGUUACAAGAUCUUGGCAAAACUGCAUUACAAGUGGAACUGAAAAAGGAGCAGUCUUGGAUGUUGUCAAGCCUGAGAAUACCCCAAAGAAGCCAGGGAUUAACUGGGCCUCUCUUCGAGAAAACAGAGCUAAAUAUGAAGCUAUGAAGUGGGCAGGCUUGCCUCCCAUUGAGAAGAACUUCUAUAAGGAGUCACCAAGGACUGCGUCGAUGUCACCGGAAGAAGUGGAGCUGUGGCGGAGAGAGAAUCACCACAUCGUCUGUGACGACCUGGCGGAAGGGGAGAAGCGCUGCGUUCCCAACCCCGCCUGCGCCUUCGAGGAUGUGUUUGAGCACUACCCUGACAUCAUGGCUAGUAUCAGAAAAGCUGGGUUCCAGAAGCCUACACCAAUUCAGUCCCAGGCGUGGCCGAUCAUCCUCCAAGGCAUCGAUCUUAUCGGCAUAGCGCAGACGGGUACCGGCAAGACGCUGGCGUACUUGAUGCCUGGCUUCAUUCACCUGACUUCACAGCCAGUAUCCCAGAACGAGCGUGGCGGUCCGGGGAUGUUAGUCCUUGCUCCCACCCGAGAGCUGGCACUUCAGGUGGAGGCAGAGUGUUCCAAGUAUGCAUACAAAGGAAUUAAAAGUAUUUGCAUCUAUGGCGGUGGGGACCGAAAGGGACAGAUCAACCUGGUGACCAAAGGUGUGGACAUUGUCAUUGCCACUCCUGGCAGGCUGAAUGAUCUGCAGAUGAAUAACUUCAUUAAUUUGAAGAGCAUAACUUACUUGGUUUUAGAUGAGGCUGACAGAAUGUUGGAUAUGGGAUUUGAACCUCAGAUAAUGAAGAUCCUGCUAGAUGUGCGGCCUGACAGACAGACGACCAUGACCAGUGCCACCUGGCCUGAUGGUGUUCGUCGCCUGGCGAAAUCCUACUUGAGAAACCCAAUGAUUGUGUAUGUUGGGACUCUGGACUUAGCAGCAGUAGACACAGUAGAACAGAAGGUUCUGGUUGUCGGUGAGGAGGAGAAGAGAGCUUUGAUGCAGCACUUUGUUGAUUCUCUGAAGCCAGAAGACAAGGUCAUCAUUUUUGUGGGGAAAAAAAACACAGUUGAUGACAUAGCAAGCAACUUUAGCCUGCAGGGCAUCCCAGUGCAGUCACUCCAUGGCAACAGGGAGCAGUGUGAUCGAGAACAGGCUUUGGAUGACUUCAGGAAAGGCAGAGUCAGAAUCCUGGUAGCUACUGACCUAGCCUCCCGUGGCCUGGACGUGCACGACAUCACUCACGUCUUUAACUUCGACUUCCCUCGCAACAUCGAGGAGUAUGUCCACAGGAUAGGCCGCACUGGAAGGGCUGGGCGCACCGGGGUGGCCCUGACGCUUCUGACCGAGCGGGACUGGAGGGUUGCCCCGGAGCUGGUGGACAUUCUGCAGAGAGCAGAGCAGGUCGUUCCCCACAAGCUCGUUGCAAUGGCAGAGAGGUACAAACAGUUUCAAAGCAGAAGAGAAAGUGAAAGGGAUGUAAGGAGACCUCCGAGGAAGUCCCCACAGCAACUGUAA